GAGUGCCGCCCAGGUCAUGGUCUCUCAGCGUGUCGCCAGCGAAGGAUCGUACCACAGAGUGUCUUCUGCUGCUCUGACCUGGAGAGACCCCUGGCACUACCUCACAGAAAGGUGAGGAGGAUGAGGAUGAAGGAGGUUCUGGUCCUUCUCUGCAUGCUCUCAAUGUGUGGAGCUCAGAAACGGAAACAGGAAACCCCACGUUGGGAUCCUAAAGAACACACCAACGGCAAGACUUGUUCCAACCUGUCUCAGGUGCUGGACAACUGGAAAUUUGCUAUUGUAUCCCAAGUGAAAGACCUGCUCAUUAAUGACCCUGCAUCUGUCCUUCCUGAAUACAACAGGAUCCAACCCCUGUCGGACGCUCUGGGAGACCUCUACAGGCAGUUUAACGCUCUAAAAGACGAGCUGGGGAGGCUCACCACAAAGUUUGACAGGGUGGAGGCUUUUGUGGACGACCUCAGGGACAGCAGGUUCACUCUGCUUCGGCGACCCGCGCAGAGGAUCCCCCCCAGCGUUGGUCUGAGGUCUCCGCUGCGAGCACAGAUGAGGGCUCCUGACAGGGGGAUUAUCACGAGGCCAACGCUGAUCAGAGCGAGGAGGAGAGGGCCGCAGAGACCGUAGACCCUGUCUGUUAUCCGUGCUGAUGUGUUGAACAAAAGUUGAUGAGUUUUCAGGAGAAGAUGAUUAGUUCCAGUUAUUUCAUUGAUGAGUGUGAUAUGAGAUAAGAUCACAGAAAGAAGACUGACCUAGUGAUGCAUGUUCUAGAAAUCGCCUGAAAAUGUACCUAUCCUCACCCCUCUGUACAAAGUCACUUUCAACCACAAGGUGGCAGCAUUUAUCAAAUUAUCUUGACUGUCAUCCUGCUGCUAUACGUGUGAUAGCUGGGCAUAAAAUAACUUAAUG